UUAUUCUGUAUAGUAUGCUUGUUCAUAUGGAUAUAUGGUAAAGUUUUAAUAAUGAAACGUAUUUUCUUUCUUCUAUUUUCAAUAUUUUGUAUUGUGUCUUCACAAGUUAACAAUCCCAGUAAUUGUGGAGUAGGUCUUGAUUGGGAUUUUCCGAAUGAUUUAGCAGGUGAUGAUACAGAUAACGAUCCUAUUUUAAAUGAAUAUAAAUACAUGGAUACAAGUAAUGGAAAACCAGUGGAAUCUUUUGAGUGUACGUCUUUAUCGGAUUAUUUUGAUUUUCUUCUCAUAACUGGAGAAACAGAUAAGGAAACCAAAAAUUUUAGAAUAUUAAAAAAUCAAUUUUCCAAAUUAGAUGAGUUAAUAAACGCUGAUAAUCCAGACGUAACCGGAUCACAAUUUCAAAUUGUAUACAAUUGUGAAAUAACUUGCGAUAAGUCCACAUCAGAGAAAUCCAAAGCAACCAUUCGUGUUACAAUAACUGAUAAAGAUCAGCAUCCUCCUGAGUUUUCUGCACCUGAAUAUGACAUAAAAGUUCCAAUGCCUCUACCAAUAGGAACAGAUCUAACUGCUUUUAUUAAGCACAAUCCAAUAUAUACGAUGGAUAAGGAUUUUUCCAACAAAAAAGUAACUUACAUCUUGAACAAUGGGCAUUUUUUAAUAAAUUCAAAUAAGGAUGGAAAAAAAUACACAUUGGAAAUGGAAGUUGCAAGUAAAUUAAAUCUGAUUGAGGAUACUCCCUAUGUUAUAACUGCAACAGAUGAUGGUGGUAAAAAUGCAACCGCAACACUUAAUAUAAAAGUGGAUAAAGAAAAUAGUAUUCCUGACCAACCCAAUUUUCUAGAGCCAUCUUAUGAAUUUUUAUAUGAUGUUUUCACACCUUCUGAACCAACUAUAAGCACUGAUGCUACUAUCAGAAUUAAAACUGAUCAUAAAGAUAUCUUAGAAGUUGGUGUGGAACCAGAUUAUGAAGCAAAUAUUCAAUGCAAUCAAACUGGCACUGACUCUGAAGGAUAUGUUACAGUGGAAUGUACAUGUUUAAAGGAAUUUACUGACAGUAAUGUAUAUUACCUUGUAAAACUUAACGCUAAAACUGAUGAAUCUUCAUCGACCACCCUGAUUAUUAAAAGUAAAGAUUUUUCAUCAGGUCCUCAGUUUCAAGAAGGAUACUACGAAGCCACUUAUAAUCCAGAAGAAGAUACUGUUAAAUUAACAACUUCAAUAAAAACUAAUAUUGCACCUAUAUCAGUUGAUUUACAAGGGGAAUAUAACGAAUACUUUAAAACAAGAUUAGAUAAUGAUCAGUGGACUAUAGAAAGGACAGUUAAGAAAUUUGAAGAAACUAUUUUACACAAAAAAUUCAUUAAUUUUGUAUUAGUAUCAAAAAGUGAAAGUGGAGAGACAGGAAGAACUUCUCUUACAAUGAACAUGCCAAAUUUAAAAGCAAGCUUUGAUAAAGUCGUUUACAAUGCCUCUUUAGAUAUGGACACAAAUUUUAAAUGUGAUGCAAUCACAAUAAAUAAUUAUAUAGACGGGGUAACAGCAAAGUUUGUCGAUGAAAGUAAAUAUUUUACUUUCAAACAGAAUAAUAAAAUGGUGGACAUUAUCAAAAAGGAGCCUUUUCCAUCGGAUCUCCCUAAAGAAAAAUAUUUAUCAGUGAAAAUUCAAUUAACAGAAGAUAUGACAAUAGUUCAAACAUCCAUUCUUAAUGUGGAUCUACCAUUAGAUGAUGGUAACACUAAUAACGAGGAGGAAUUGUCAGAAAAGGACAAACAAAUUAAAGGCUACAUUGCAGCAGUUGCCAUUUUAUCUGUAUUGUUGGUUGCAUCCAUUUUUUCCUUUGGAUUGGUUUACUACUUAAAAUUAAGAAAACUAAAGGCACGAGAAAGCAACAUUUCCGAAAGAAAAUAUCCAUUUGAAGAAAAAUAUCAGCCUAAUGGAGUUGAUGAAAUAGACGAAAACUAUAACGAGCCCGCGAAAAUUCGUGUUGAAGAAAUAGAAGAAAUUGAAAAACCAAAAUCUGUAGCCUUUAAUGAAUUUGUUGAGGAACUGGAAAUCGACUCAAAUCAUGAGGAAGACGAUAAAACUAGUGAAGCAGAAGAAGAAGACCUGGAAAGAAAAAAGGCUAGAAAUGAAGAAAUGGCCAAAAGAAGACCAACAGGAUUUGUGUUUAACAGGCCUCCAAUUGAAGAUGAUGAUGAAGAUUAGAAUUUUUUUUAGUUUAAUUUAAUCUGUAAAUAAAAUAUGUAGAAAAAUUUAGAUAAAAUAUAAUUUGAGAUUAAAGAAGUAGACAACAUAUUUUCAAUUAUGGAACAAAACUAGAAAACAGUUUUUAUAGAUAGAAUAUGUUUAUUAGCUUAGAUCGUUGAUAGUGUGAACCAAGUGUGAACCAAGUGUGAACCAAGCUGUGAACGGUGUCAACAUAUAAUAAAAUUUAAAAA